CGGGAAGCACAAACUGUUAAGACGUUGAAAACUUAAAGCGAUAUAUACGUAAACAUAAUGAGGUUAGCAUCAUACAAUGAAAUUGUGAAGAUGAUGCACACAUAUCAGUCCAGGGACUGUCUUCCCAUUAUUGCUGAGAAAUUUCCAGGACAGAGUAAGCACAUACAGUAAGCCCUGUUUUCCCAGAGAGAGGCUCAUAUGAACAAUCUUACUUGUUCACAGACAGGGGUGAGUCUCAAUGCCCUGGGCAGCAUAUUCUCUCAGGACUACCAGAAGAAGAUGAGGAAGACCCACUACCUUCACUACAGCCCCGAGGCCUCUACAGGCUACUAUAAAAGAUUUGCUGAGGCCCUAGCAAGAGGUGAAAGAAAUAUCCUGAUUGGAAUGUCUCAUGAGUUGGACUUGUCUCCAGCCUUACUUGGUCGUAUCAUAUUGGAGCGCCAUCUUUCUGUAACCAAGUACGAGGGAGAAACGCCUCCAAAGACAAUAGUAACAAGUUGCAUGAAGGAACCAUCACUGAUAGAGGAUCCAAGACUGGCCAUUGAAAUACACCAGUGUGUGCUGUGUGAUGACCACUAUGGCCCACUAUGUGAUAGCAUUAAGCAUUCCAUAGGGCAUGAGUAUGAAUUUAAACUGAACCACAUACUGGACAGACUUGGGCUGGCAUAUAUUGGAGAAGAUCAGAUGAGAACAAAAGGCUAUGACAAAACACCAGAUGUCAAACUUGAAGUCCCUAUUGCUGUAGAUGGCCACAUUGUGAACUGGAUUGAGAGCAAGGCCUCGUUUGGGGACGAGCACAGUCACCAGGGUUACCUGAAGGAGCAGUUUUGGAGCUACUGGAACAGGUUUGGUCCAGGCAUGGUGAUCUACUGGUUUGGUUUCAUUGAUGAGCUGGAUGUUAACCAGGAUAAGGGUAUCAUUCUGAGAGAUCACUUUCCGGAGCACAUUGUGAAAAUGGACCCCAGUGUGAAAUGAAGAACAUGUAAUAUGCACUGUGUACCUGAUAACUCUUGUUACCUCUUUUGUGUGACAAUCAAGUAAUUGUAUUUUUGUAAAAGCAGAAGAAAAUAAUUCAAAAGAGAGAUCCCACUUUAGUCAUGGAUUUAAUGGAGUAUUAUACAUGUAGGAAAACUAAAGUUGUAUUUUGUACUCAAGUAACAAUAACAUUAAACCUUCCAACAGUAACUUCAAGGUUUAAUGCUCCUAAAUGUGGGAAGUUACACAUGUGAUUGCAGCUUCACAGUUAUUUGCCUGUUAGGGAAAUGCAAUAUGUCUUAAACGUGAACAUAGUACUGUUGAAUACAAAUUAUGUUUUUAUAUACAUGUUCUUAUAAGGUGUCUGUAAGAUUUUCCUGUUCAUGUUUCUGUACAUUCUUAACUUAUGAAAUUCAAAGGUUACUUCUGCUCCAGACAAAUAAGUUGGUUAAUGUUUAUUCUUGUUUCUUGUGUUAAAUUAUCCAAAAAAAUUAUCAAACCAGUACAUAAUCAAGUACUCUUGCAUUAUUUUACUUUAGCUUAAUGUGGUGCUAUCAUUGUGUGAUUGUUCAAGCAAAGAUUUUUGAUUUAAAUGAUGCUGAAGGCUCACAAGUUGGAUGUGUUAUGUCUAUAAUUAUUAAGAUGACUAGCUAUUGUCUUUCAAACUUUAGACAAAAACAAUAAAAUAUUAAUUUGAAA